UUUUCCGUCAGCCGGUCUCUCUCUUGUGUCACACACGUGAAGUUCGCAAAGAACUAUUUUGGAAAAGACGCGAAAAAUUCAGAAAACAUGUUGUCCGCCGCUCGUGCAAUCAGUAAAAAAGCCCUAGACUGUUCAAAAUUGAGUUUCGACAUCACAGGCGCAAGAAAUUUCAGUCAUUUGAGAAAUUCCGCAUCACCGGCGUUUUCUCUACAUCCCAAGUAUGACGCCCAAAUGCGAUUUAAAUCUGAAGGUGUCAAGGGGGCCGUUAUUGGCAUUGAUUUGGGCACAACAAAUUCAUGUGUGGCGGUAAUGGAAGGCAAACAAGCCAAAGUUAUCGAAAAUUCUGAAGGUUCCCGAACGACUCCAUCCAUUGUUGCAUUCAGCAAAGAUGGAGAACGAUUGGUUGGUAUGCCAGCCAAACGUCAGGCUGUAACAAACUCGGCAAACACGUUCUAUGCUACCAAACGUCUAAUUGGUAGGAGAUUUGACGAUGCAGAAGUUAAAAAAGAUAUGACCAAUGUUUCAUACAAAAUCGUUAAAGCGACAAACGGAGAUGCUUGGGUUCAAGGUACAGAUGGAAAAAUGUACUCUCCAAGUCAAAUUGGUGCCUUCACCUUGAUUAAAAUGAAGGAAACAGCCGACGCUUACCUUAACACCAAAGUAAAGAACGCCGUCAUCACUGUACCAGCCUAUUUCAACGAUUCUCAGCGUCAAGCCACCAAAGAUGCCGGUCAGAUUUCUGGCUUGAACGUUUUGAGAGUAAUUAAUGAACCCACUGCAGCUGCCUUGGCUUAUGGAAUGGACAAAACUGAAGAUAAAAUCAUCGCUGUAUACGACUUGGGCGGCGGUACCUUUGAUAUCUCAAUCCUUGAAAUUCAAAAAGGAGUAUUUGAAGUUAAAUCGACCAAUGGCGACACGUUUUUGGGCGGCGAAGAUUUCGACAACGUACUCGUCAACCAUUUGGUAUCUGAAUUCAAAAAAGAGCAAGGCCUCGACGUAACCAAAGACCCCAUGGCCAUGCAACGUCUCAAAGAAGCCGCCGAAAAAGCAAAAUGCGAACUUUCAUCAUCCUUACAAACCGACAUCAACUUGCCUUACUUGACCAUGGACGCUUCCGGCCCGAAACACAUGAACCUCAAGCUGUCCAGAUCCAAAUUCGAGAGUUUGGUUGGCGACUUGAUCAAGAGGACCAUCGCUCCUUGCCAGAAGGCUCUUAAAGACGCCGAGACUGGAAAGUCCGACGUUGGAGAGGUUCUGUUGGUUGGUGGCAUGACUAGGAUGCCUAAGGUGCAAAGUACUGUGCAGGAAAUUUUCGGCAAACAACCUAGCCGUGCUGUCAACCCUGAUGAAGCCGUCGCUGUAGGUGCCGCCGUGCAAGGUGGUGUGUUGGCCGGAGACGUAACUGACGUCCUCUUGCUUGAUGUAACUCCUCUUUCUCUGGGUAUCGAAACCCUCGGUGGAGUGUUCACUAGACUGAUCACCCGCAACACCACGAUCCCCACAAAGAAGAGCCAGGUCUUCAGUACCGCUGCCGAUGGCCAAACUCAGGUCGAAAUCAAGGUGCACCAGGGCGAGCGUGAAAUGGCCAGCGACAACAAAAUGUUGGGACAAUUCUCCUUGGUUGGAAUUCCACCGGCGCCCCGUGGUGUACCACAGGUCGAGGUGACCUUUGAUAUUGAUGCCAAUGGUAUUGUACAUGUGUCUGCCAGAGAUAAGGGGACUGGAAAGGAACAACAAAUUGUCAUCCAAUCUUCCGGCGGUCUGAGCAAAGACGAAAUCGAAAACAUGGUGCGCAACGCCGAACAAUACGCACAAGCCGACAAAGUCAAGAAAGAAAGAGUGGAGGUCGUCAACCAGGCCGAAGGCAUCGUCCAUGACACGGAAACGAAGAUGGAAGAGUACAAGGAUCAAUUACCUCAGGAAGAAUGCACCAAGAUGAAGGAAGAAAUCGCCAAAGUGCGGGAAAUGCUCGCCAAGAAGGACGACGUCGAACCCGAAGAACUCCGCAAGACUACCAGCUCGCUCCAGCAAUCCUCCCUUAAAUUGUUUGAAAUGGCAUACAAAAAGAUGGCAUCAGAACGUGAAAGCAGUAGUGGUGGAUCCAGUGAACAACAGCAACAACAAAGUGAAGAGCCAAAAGAAAAGAAGGAAGAAAAGAACUAAUUUAAAGGUUUUGGGUGUUGUAUGCUUACAAACAUUCUAGUGUAAUAUACAAAAAUAUUUACAUAUUGUGAUUAAUUUACAUGUUUAGUCAAACGCGAGACACAUGUUUAUAGUUAAUUGGUGUCUCCAAAAGACAUUGUACGAUUUUCCAAUUAAAACAUGCAUCCCUUUGUCUUUAUUUAGUUGCUGUUUUAGUUAAUGGAAAAUGGAAAAUGAAAAAUUAUACAUAAUGAAAAUGACUGGAGUUGUGCCCGUGUAUGUGUGAGAGUGUGGAUGAUUCUAUUAGUUCUGUGUUGUUUUUAUAGUUAUUGCACUUAACUAUUUUUAUCUGAGUUUGUUAUGAAUUUCUGUUAAUUAUAUUAAAAUCCUUAGUACAAUAUAUUUGGUAUAAAAAUAA